AUGUCAUACUCAAAGUCUCAUGUUAUUCUUAUUGCCUUCGCCAUCGAUACUCCUGAUUCUUUAGAUAACGUUACGACAAAGUGGAUUGAAGAGGUCCGCAGCAUCUGUGGUCCACAGGUUCCAGUUAUCCUGGUUGGUUGCAAGGCUGAUCUUCGACCGUCGAACGAUGAACCAAGUGCACCUGAUAAUCCCCGUCAAUGGGUAACCCGAGAACAAGGCGAACGCGUAGCCAACAUCAUUGGCGCUCGUGCCUACAAAGAAUGUUCCGCUUUGAAGAUUGAAGGCGUGGACGACGUCUUUGAAACGGCAACGAGAGCGAGCAUGCUCAUGAGAGAUGGAGCUCCGAGUCACCUUCAAAAUUCGGAUUCUAGCAAGCAUCAUCGUCGACGGAGCAGUGGAAAAGGCACUUUGCCACAAGACGAGGACAGUAAAUCUUGGGGUUGUUGUGCAAUUUGCUAA